GUGACGAGAGAAUCGCCAGAUAGCGAGUGUAAGGGUACGACUCUAUAGCCUACAUGUCUAAAAUCACGUGUUCUAAAGUCAACCCGGCCACCAAGUAUAACGUGUUAUCUUGCCCGGCCAAGUUGCACUACGGCAGUCGGACCGAAACGGCAAUGGCGACUGCUUUUCUACAGGAAAGUUUAAGUGUGAGUAUAGACAUUCCUAGUCACAUACCGUGGCAGAGUUUGUCUGCCGAUUUGGCCAGUAGACUGAAGCAGAGGUCUCUGAGAAUCUCCAGAAGUACCAGGUUAGAUUAUAAACCCACCCCAAUCAGGGAAGAAGGAGAAAAGUUGCCCUUAAUCAACGGACGUCAUGGAGAGAAAAUCGAAAACGAGGAAGAGGCCCAGCCUAUAGGAGUCCACUGGACCGUCAUUUCCUUCCUAUUGCUGAACAGUGCCUUGGGUUGUGGUAUUCUCAAUUUUCCUAACGCCUUCAACAGAGCGGGUGGUGUGUAUGUGGCAUUCGUUCUACAACUGAUAAUGCUAUGUUUAAUGAUUAGCACGAUGGUGGUCUUAGCCUAUUGCGCCGAUAUCAAAGGAGAUAAUACUUACCACGACGUGCUAUUAUCCAUGUGUGGCAGAAGAGCUCAGCAAUGUGCGGCCAUCUCUAUUCUCUGUUCAUGUUUUGGAGUCUGUAUAGCCUUCCUUGUCAUCAUAGGAGACCAAUAUGAUAGAUUGUUAGCGUCGUUGAUGGGGCAGGAAUUCUGCGAACAUUGGUUUUACGAUCGUAAAUUUACCAUCGCCAUAACAACGGCCAUAUGUAUUCUGCCAAUGUGCUACUUCCAGAGGCUGGACUUCCUCCGUUACGCUAGCGCUUUGGGUAUCUUCGCUAUGCUCUAUCCCGUUUUCUUGACAGUUUACGAAUAUUUUAUGCUAGACAUUCCAAAACCCGAAUUGAAAACCACGCCCGAUAGUAUUGUGGACGUUUUCGUGGCCAUUCCAGUUAUCUGCAUCCCUUAUCAAACUCACGAAGUGGUGAUACCCGUGUACUCGUGUAUGAGGGAGAGAAAACUGAAAAACUUUAUCAAAGCAACGCUGUUGGCCAUGACCAUUCUGCUCUUCUUGUACACCAUCACCGGAACGUUCGGUUACAUCACUUUCGGCUCGAAAAUCCUACCCGACGUCAUGGUUCUGUACGAUGCCAGCGACCCAGUAGUACUAAUUGGUAUAGGAGCCCUGAUUGUUAAAAUGAUAACGACCUAUCCACCUCUGGUACUUUGCGGAAGGGGUGCUCUAGAUGGUCUGUAUGCAGAAUUUGCUAAGCUGACAGUCAACGACUUUCUGAAAGGAGAGAAGAAAAGAAGAAUUAUCAUUACUUCGGGUUGGGUAGCAGUAACCCUGUUCCUUGCCCUAUACACACCGAGUAUAGGGGUAGUCUUGGAAAUGCUUGGGUGUGUGGCAGUUAUAAAUAUAUUCGUCUUUCCAGGUAUUUGCUUGUUGCAAGUGAUUUUGAAGCAUAAUCAGCAGCUGCGGGGAUGGAAAAGGAAAUGUUUGAUGGCUUUAUCCUGUACAAUGUUGUUAUUCGGAGCUUACAUAUUCGGUGUAGUUUUUACUCAAGUGGUGGUCUUCGAUAUUCCCAGAGGAGGAGGUGGAGGAAAGCACAAUUUCUGCUAAGAAAUGACUCCGCCCAAUACAAUAGGAGUUCCUAAUAUAUGUGCGCGUUAUUAACCGGUCUGUACAUAUACUAAUGAAUUAUAGAUUUUUCCUAUAACACUGUAAACGUUCCGAGCGGGAUAUUAUAAUAAAUUUAUUUAUAUAUAUAUAUAUUUUUUUUUAAUUCUUUUUUUUUCCGUUUUCAAUUUUCGCUAAUGGCUUUUGGAAACAAACUAAUUUGCGAAAUUUUGAGUGAGAUUUUCGAGAUAAAGAGGUUAGCGUAGUUUUAUCUUCUUUGCAAUCGAUUUGUUCUAUAAAAGUAGAAAUCCGAGGCUUGAUAUAUAAAAAAAUAAAUAAAUAAACUAGAUAUUUUUGAAUGGAAAUUCAACAAAUUUAUCUAAAAAUGCAAAAAAAAAAACGUUUUGCAAUUUGCAUUUAAAUUUCGGAAUGA